UUCAUUCGCAUUUGUUUUUGUACGUAGAGACCAGAGACAAGUUCUGAACCUGUAUUUCGUUGGAAGCGCAGUGGCGAAGUCGUAACCGUAAUGUGAAACGUGUUGUUUGUGCGUAAUUUUGUUUCACUUGUUUAGAGGAAGACUGAUUAGUCCUAAGUUUUUCCCCUUAGUGGAAUGUGUCUUCAGUUUUCUUCUAUAUUUCGCAACUCGGAUGUUCAGUUGCAGUUUCAUUAUGGGAACGAGAUGGACCUGUAGUGAUUUCUGCAGUCGGUAUAGUCAUUCUUAACGAGAACAGCAAUUUACCAGUAUUCAAGAUCUGACAGGUUGCUGGAAACUUCCGUCCUACAUAUUUCAUUACUGUGGAUAAAGCAGUCACAACAUGGAAGUAAUCAUUUUUCAGUUUGUUUGUUUGGUAGUUCUUUUUGUCAUUAUGACUGUAAGUGGGUCAAUACCUAUAGUCAUUAUAUGGAGGCGCAAGAAUGCUCAGUUAAGUGACAUCGCUGGCACAUUAAUAUCUGUAAGCAACUGUGUUGCUGGUGGUGUUUUUAUGGGGAUGUGUUUUUUAGGACUAUUUCCGUUUGUCAAGGAAAAGUUUAGAGAUGUUAUGGAAAAAAUGAAGCUGUCAACCACUUUCCCAAUAGCAGAGUUUGUCAUUGGCAUUGGCUUUUUCCUUAUUCUAACAUCAGAACAAAUUUUGAUCUCUAAAAAGAAAUUAAACUCAGCUUCUGUUAAGAAUUCAGCUCACACAUUUGUUGCUAGUGAUGAUGAUAAACAUGAAGAUGAAUCUCAUCUUGGACUUCUGGAAGCAGAGGCCAAUGAAAAACAAACUGACCAUGAGUUGCAAAAUGAUGAUAAUACGGAGCUUCAGCUAAGUGUAAGUGGUCAUUCACAUCUGGACACAAUACUUUUGACAGACAACACUUCUAAUCAGCGUAGUUUUAUGUUGUUACUCGCUGUUAGCAUACACUCACUGUUUGAAGGGAUUACAUUAGGCUUACAAACUGACAUGGUGAAACUCUUGCAUUUGUUCCUUGCAGUUUUAAUUCAUGAAGUACUCGUCGUACUCGCACUGGGUGUUAACAUAGCAAAACGUAAUCUGGGCGUAACAAAAAGCUUUAGGUAUAUUCUGAUGGCCACUGGAAGUAUACCUGUUGGAAUGAUUGUAGGACUCCUUAUUGGAACAGCACCAGGCUUAUUUGGCAGUGUACUUUCAGCCUGUCUGCAAGGCAUUGCAGCAGGAAUUUUUAUACAUGUAACAUUUAUGGAAAUUAUGCCAGAAGAGUUUGUGAGGAAUAAGUAUCAACUGUGGAAAGUAUUAUUUUUUUUCAUUGGAUUCAUGUUAAUGGCAGUAGUGAGUUUCUUUUUAGAUAGUUACAAAUAAAGAUCCAUGUUCAUUUCGGAUAUUGAAGAAGAGGAAUAAUUUUCCGUAUAUUUGUCAUAUUUUGACAGUCUGCUUUCAGUGUGACUUAUUACACUUUGAUUUGAAGAAGACUGAGGAAAUAGUUCCUUGUUGUUAAUACGUUGAAAAACAGUAUUUA